AUGGCAUGGCGCCCUCCGUAUGGAUUUGGCAAACAUGUCGCAACCCUCUCUGCAAAAGAGCUCAAAAUCUUUAUGAUGGGUGACUACAUCUUCAGCCACUUUUACAACUUCGCCAUAGCAAGCACAAAGCUCGCAAUUCUUUCCCUAUAUUACAGAAUCUUUAGCACAGCUCUGUUCCGUCGAAUCAUCAUCGGAACCGCAGUCUUCAUCUUCCUGUGGAUCUGUGUAAUGGAGAUUACUCUUGGGCUAGACUGCAUGCCCGUUACUAAGUUCUGGGAUGCCAGUGUCAAGGGCUCUUGUCUUGAUCUAGUGGCUUUUUCAUACUUCACUAACAUUACCAAUCUUCUUACUGAUAUUUGGGUGUUCUUACUUCCAAUGCCAAUCAUUUUCGGGCUGCAUAUCACUCAGAGGAGGAAGUUGGAGCUGGCUGCCAUCUUUGCCAUUGGGCUCUUGUGCUUGUUGUCAGUCAAGGCUCAACAGAUUUCACCUGUAUGUCGGCUUGCAUCUGGUUCUGUUCACAUGACUGACAUCAAUAUAGGGACCGGUGUUCCUCUAGGGAUUCUCUCUGUCUAUGAACCACUUGGCGGUGUUGUCUGCGCAAAUCUACCUUUCAUCUACAGAUGGAUGACAGGAGCUGUCAAGAAAAUCAUCAGUUCAUUCGAAGAUUCAGAAUCGGGGGGCAUAGUGCCUAUGCCGGCGUUUUUCAAGUCGUACCGUUCUGUACGUAAGAAUCGGGGCUCUAUCACUGAAAUUGAGUGGAGUAGCCUCAAUGGGAAAAGUGGGAAGGAUACUUCAAUGUUUUCUGAAACAGCAACCACGCAGAAUUCUGAUAUAGAGCUAGCGGUACAAACAGAGUCCAAGUGA